AUGCUCAGGAGGGAAUGGCUAUUGCUCUCCGGAUUUAUAGACUGUUCGAAGGAAAGCAUUCAAAAUGUUCUCACGAUGAAGAAAGCUGGACAAGCUGCGGUCGUUGCAGUAGGAGGAGCUGAAGAAGCCCUUUAUGCUCGACCUGGAGUGCACAAACUCAAGCUGCUAACUCGAAAAGGUUUCGUAAAGCAAGCACUUCGAUGCGGUGCUUCGCUAGUACCUGUGUAUUCGUUUGGAGAGACUGACAUCUACCAGCAGCUCGACAACCCAGAGGGUUCCAUGGUGCGAAGAUUCCAGACUUGGGUCAAGAACCUGAUCGGAAUUUCAGUGCCUUUCUUCUACGGGAGAGGCUUGUUCCAGCUGAACUUCGGCUUUUUGCCUUAUCGAAGGCCGAUCAACACAGUCAUUGGUGCUCCAAUAGACGUUCCGAAGAUUCUUGAACCGACUGAUGAAGAAGUGGAUCGCCUUCAUCGUCAGUACUGCGACGCCUUAUAG